UGUGGAGGGUGUGCGGUUUUAAAUUUAUUUUUGUUAAAUUUAGCCCCUUUAUUAGUUCGAUCCUUUUUGUCACGCAUAAAAAAGGGAAUUCUUUUGAAGUUUAAUAAAAUAUCAUAGUUUUGAAAUAAUUUCAAGUCAGCUUUCUAGUAUUUUUUUAAGCGCAAAGAUGCAAGAAACCGUUACAAAUACAAACGAAAGGAAAUCUUUGUUUUCUGCAUUCCUGGAAGUGCUGGAGGCGCGGGAUAAGCAGGCCCAAGCCGACAGAGAACUGCAAGAGGAGAAGUAUCAACGAAGAACUCAAAGAAUCUACGAUUUCCAUGAGCGGCAGCAGCGCGAGGCGGUGGAACUGCGGCGCUGCCUGGACUACGUGUCGCAGCACGCGCACGUGCUGGAGUCGGUGGUGCGCGGCGCGGCGGCCGAGGGCGCGCCGCUGGCGGCCGCGUUGCUGCGCCAGGCGGCGGCGCUGCAGCGCUGCAUGGCGCAGUGCGUGGCCAACGCGGCGCGCAUCCGCCAGCUGCUCUCCGCGGCGCACCGCCCGCAGAUGGACGCCAUGCUCGCCAAGAUGGAGGCCGAGCUGAGCACGUGGACGGCGUUCCUACAGCGCGCCGUGGAGGCAACCUACAACACCGAGGUGGUCAUCGACAACCUGCACAACCUUGUCGUGGAGCAGAAGCGCUGCGUGCGCGAGGUGUCGUCUAGCGGCGUGUUCACGGCGCUGUGCGGCGCGGCCGGCGCGCCCGCCGCGUCGCCGCACACGCCCGCCGCGCGCCGCGCCGCCGCCUGCAGCACGCCGCUGGCGCGCGACUAG